UAACAAAAUUUGCACUCUUUUUCUCUCUCAAAAACUCAAAAGUUUGGUCUGCAGCCUCGUAACUGAGCUAAACCCUGGUCUGUGCGGCGGUUCUGUGGAGAGUGCACCGCAAUAAACCUACCGUUGUUAGGGUUUUCAUUUUUUCCGCGAAAAUGACUAAGUUCAGGAAGCUGGGUCGACCCACCGGUCACCGAAUGUCCAUGCUCAGAACCAUGGUUUCGCAGUUGGUGAAGCACGAGCGUAUCGAAACUACUGUGGCCAAGGCCAAAGAGAUCAGACGACUCGCGGAUAAUAUGGUUCAGCUUGGAAAGGAGGGAUCCCAAUGUGCUGCAAGACGUGCUGCUAGUUUUGUGCGAGGAGACGAUGUCCUUCACAAGCUGUUUACAGAACUGGCUUAUCGGUACAAGGAUAGAGCUGGAGGAUACACCAGAUUGCUUCGGACCCGAAUUCGAGUGGGUGAUGCUGCACCAAUGGCCUAUAUUGAGUUUAUUGACAGAGAAAAUGAGCUUAGGCAGGCAAAGCCACCAACUCCUCAGCCGCCACAGAGAGCACCCCUAGACCCCUGGACACGUUCUCGUCUCAGCAGGCAAUUUGCUCCUCCUAAAGAGGAGAAAUCAGGAUCUGAUUUUUGAUUCUAUCGAAAGUAAUGCGGAUACUAUGUUUUUCCGUUCAUAGCAUGGCAUAUCUGAAUUUUGGUCUUGCUUAUUUAAUCUAUCUUCAAAUGGUUUCGAAAAAAAAAAGUAUUCUCUUGCUACUAGAGAAAAUGUUCGUCGCUAUGUAAAAAUAAUUCAACUGAAUCUGUAAUUGACAAAAGAAAAGGAAAAUCUCAGAAUACAUUUAUCUUCCGAAGUUUGA